AUGCGGCUGGAGCUUAAGGAUUUUGUGCAGGCCACCCGCAGCAUGCAUCAGCAGCCAGGCGGGGUGAAGCGAACCCGGCUGAUGCUGCGGCUGCGCCCCUACCAGAGCCGCAAGACCUUUGUACUCAAGGCCACCGAUGGCCGAGUAACGAUGACGACGCGGGUGGCGCAUCAAGGCCAGAUCAGGAUGGUGGAGAGCCUCGUGAACGAGUUUGUUGCGGAGUGCACCAGGGCAUCUGUAGGCAGCCCUGUGCCGUCCACCGCGACUGCGAACGCUGGAGAGCAGCAGGCGGCAAGCGCGGCUGCCGCGUCUUCCGUCUCUGCUGCUGCUGCUGCGACAGGGCAGCCAGGCGCUGGCGGCUCGGUGUCGCACCGGCAGCAGACGCGGCUCGCCUCCGCCCAGGGCAGCAGCCACAGCAGUGGCAACGCUGGGAGGCAGGGUAAGGGAAGCAAGGGCAAGCGCCAUUAA